AUGUUAAAAAGAACAAAACAUGAACUCGAAGGAGACACUUAUAAAAGAAUUCGGUUCGUGGAUACAAUCUCGAAUGAUAAUAUAGCAGAACAAGAAAUCAAAGAUGACAACACUCUAUACACUAGAAUCCGUCUGGAGAUUAUGAACUGCAUGUCCCUAUUAGAAGCUGAGCAAAUUAUCGACGCGUUACUGACGUUAAAUUGCUGUGCCAGAUGUGUAUUUCGGUUUUUGGGUAUUUUUAGUUAUGAUUAUUAUUGUGCUGAUGAAGAGGUUCUUUUGGAAAUACUAUCACGAAUUCGAUUAGAAAUAAAUUCUAAAGUCCUCGACAACAGUAAUACUGAGGAUAAUACUAAGAAUAGUGAUAUUAAAAAUAACGAUUUUGAAUUAUCUACUCCACAAAUUUCAUCUAUUAUUUCCCGCCCUCUUCAAACAACCGAAAAUAAAACAAUAUGCAUCACAUGUUUUGACCUUCUCUAUUACGCCGACACUUUACAAUACGUGAAUCACAUUUCAGGAAAGUUACAAUCGCAGAAUUACGAAAUCAAAGAUUUUGACUUGAUCCCUACACUGCCAAUAAGUUUAAUCUUAAGAAAUCAUUCAACGAAAAUUUUUAUUAAAAAAGUGUUAAGGGAAAAGAACCUUGAAUAUAAAGUAUUAUAUCCCGUUGAUUUGGUGAAACUAUUCAAGUAUCUCUUAAUUGGAUCGUUUGAGAAAACGACAGGGUUGACAUAUUCACCUGAGAGUCUAUUGAAAAUCAAAAUUGAAUAUAUACACAAUGAUACUCGGGAUAGUCAUUUAUUUCUUACUAAAAUACCAGAGGCUAAUUUCUCAAUUAAGCGAAUAAAAGGAAAAAGAGGUCAGGUACCACAGUGGAGUGGAUAUUCUCGUAAUCAGAUUAUAGAUGCUUUGAAAAAAGUUCGGGAUGAAAGAUAUGUAGAAUUUGACAGUUGUCCACCGUUAGAAAUAAAAGCCAGAGUAAAACAAUUAGAGCCAAUAAUCAAGCAUGAAUCUGUGUACAUUGGAGGCAGAUACAUAAAAUUUUCCCGUAACCUUCCACAAACACCAUGGAUCAUUAACGGAGUCCGUUUAAAAGAAGGAUCAGUCGCCGAAAUUAUCGGUACAAAAAUAAGACAAUUAUUUAGAGCAGACGAUUAUACGUUUGUCCCGUCAGGUCGUGAAGAUUUUGAUGUACGUAUGUUGGGCAACGGACGCCCGUUUUAUAUUGAAUUGAAGAACCCACGCCGGAUUGUAUCUUCCCUUUUUUCACAAGAAAUAAAUGAAGUGCAGGAUCGGAUUAAUUCGACUGAGGAUAAUGGCGAAAUGGUUCGACAAGGCGAGGAUAAUAAAACCAAGACAUAUAGUGCACUUGUAUGUAUCUCGGAACAAAUCACACCAAAGAUCCUCGACAGCAUAAACAAAUACAAAACAACUGGCCUAACAAUCAAUCAGAAAACACCAAUCAGAGUAUUGCAAAGACGUACAAAUAUGGUACGGCAACGUCAAAUUUAUGAGAUUGAAGCGAGAGCACUGGAAGGACAGUUUAUGGUUAUUAAAUUGGUUACUGCACCUGGAACUUAUAUCAAAGAAUUUGUUCAUGGCGAUCUCGGCAAGACAUCUCCGAAUCUAAGUUCAAUUAUUGACUGCACUGCCGAUAUUUUAGAGUUGGAUGUAUUGAAUGUGGAUUUGGAAUGGCCACCAGAUAGCUAA